AUGGUGGCACAAGCGUCCUUGCAGCCACCCUUACCGAAUCUGAAGCCCAAGCCCAACGGUGCUGAAGCUGUGCUCACAAACCAACAUUUGUGGCAAGCUAGUUCCAGUUCCAAAUUUUCUCACCGAACGGCAAGGACCCAGCUACAUACACUCACGGUAGUAGGCCCAGAUCACGGAUCAGCACAGCUUGGGAAAUUCAUGACACCAAGAACCGUAAAGCUCAGCUCCUCCACAAAUCCAAGACUUGUGUUUAUACCAAAAUGA